AUGUCUGCCAACGCACAGCCUGUUUUUGUCUUCGCCCCCGGCGCGUGGCACACGCCCGACUGCUACCAGCUCGUGCAGGACAGGCUGCAUGCACAGGGUUGGGAGACACGGGCCGUGGCGUACCCGUCCGUGGGGGCCGAGCCCCCGACCAAGAGUGCAUUCGACGACGCCGCCGCAGUGCGUGCCGAGGCCCAGGCUCUCGUGGACCAAGGCCGACAGGUGGUCCUGGUUGGCCACUCGUACGGAGGCCUUGUCAUCAGCGAGGCUGCCAAGGACCUGGCGUACAAGCAGCGCAAAGCUGAGGGCAAGGAGGGCGGUGUCGUGCUGCUGGUGUACAUGUCUGCCUUUGUGGUGCCCAAGGGCUUCAGCCUCAUCCAGAUGCUGGGUGGCAACCCGCUGCCUUGGAUGGACAUCCAGGGCGACCGCGUGUACGCCCGCACGCCCGAGGAGAUCUUCUACCACGACGUGCCUGAGGACCUCACAAAGGCGGCCGUCGCCAAGCUGCAGCACCAGUCUGGGCAGGUGUUCCGGGACGAGGCGACGUACCAGGCGUGGGAGGACAUUGAGAGCAUGUACUUCUUCUGCGAGGACGACCGGGCGCUGCUGCCAGCCAUCCAGAAGCAGAUGGCGCCCAUGUUCGGGGCAAACGGCAUCACCUGGUCGACCAAGGGGUCUCACUCGCCCUUCCUCGCCGAGCCGGACAACGUCGUCGAGGGCCUGCUGCACGGUGCCAAGGAGGUUCAGAAGCGGAUUUAA